AUGGACUUCUAUUUUCACCUGAUAAAUCGUCGUGAUGUGGUGGUCAUUUUCGUUGACAUGGACUCCUCCAUCUUUCUCACGGACUACGCACUCCCGCACCCGCUCGGGCCACCAGGUGACGACGAUGGCAACACCAUUAAGAACGACACCAGCAUCCAGAGUGUUGGCCUUGGUGGGGAGGAGGCGGUUGAUGCCGCAACACCGCCGAAGAAGAAUGACGUGUUCACUCCUGCACGCACGCGGUACGAAGUCAUCUGGCAGGCGCUGCGGUCUUUUAUCCUACAGAAGCAGCGGGUGUCCCCCAACGCGUCAACGUCGCUGUGGUUUGCCCUCUACACCAUCCUGGAUGAAGUGACGGAAGUGCUUCCGCCCACAAGCGGUGACUCGGGCGCCAUAGAGUCCGCCAUAAAGUCCUUCGUGAGGGCUAACGCAGACAUGGCGGCGCGCAGGACCAGGUCAUCUGAGCCCUUCCCGUUCCGAUCCGUCGCGACAGUGUUGCGGCGUAUAGAAGAGAGUUUCGCUGAGCUCGGCAGCGGUCCCAGCGGGUCAACAGAUAUGGCGACCGGAUCCGCGAUGGAAUCGAAGAGUGGUCCUAGUUUCGCUGCAGGGUCGCCACAUGUCGCGAACAAGCGCACCCUGACGGCCAUUCAGGGCAUCGUUCUGCUCAACCGCGACAGUGCGCCGCCGAGCUCGCAAAUACCGCCCGAUGCCGUCGACGGCGAGCUGCUUGGCACUGGCGCCAUUAUACGGCGCUGUAUCGACAUCAUCCCGCUGGGGAACCUCCGCCAUCCGCUGCCGCUUGUGAAGAUGAUGAAGGAGCGUGCUGGCACCAAUUCACGUUACGGGGAGGCGGCAAACAGCUCCAGGGACCCGAUUGCAGCGAAGGCUACGGCGGUAGACUGCCCAUGCACCAGCUUGGACCUUGAGAGCUUUACCGGGAUAUCGCACCGCGGCCUCGCUGUUGGGUGCGCCCUCACGAAGCUGAUCGGGCCGCACAACCAUAAGAAUGAAGAUUUCUUCUAUGCGCAGCCAAUUUGUAGAGUUAAUCUUCCUGUACCUGUGAAGGCACCAUCCAGACAGCAGCAGCAGCAGCAGCCGGCAACACCCAAACAACAACAACUGCAGCAGCAACAAGAACCACACAAACAGCGCCAGCAACCCCAGCUAGAUGACGGAGCCUCAUGGCCGGGUAUUCCGUUGCCAACGAAGGCAAAAGCGGAAACGCCUACACGGCGCACUUCACUGGAUACUACUCCCUCAGCAUCAGUCAAAACGACAGUGACUCCAGUGGCAACAUCCGAGCCACUGGCUCAGUCGUCGCGACCACCGAUGUGGCCAGUGACUCGUGAAAGUAAUGGCAGUUUAAACUCACUGUGUGGUGCUGUUUAUACUGGUCGAACGAGAACAACAGGGAAACCGGAAGCCGCCUCUACCUCUUCGAAGAACUCGUCCCUGUCAGGCGUUGCGGCCGGAAACUUAACCGCCCCAUCGUCGGCCCCACCGUCCUCCUGCAUUCGCGGAGUCAUAAUUGAGCGGCACCUGGCAGAGGGCAAGAAAUAG